AUGGCAUUUUCGACGCUAGAUCUUUUGAUUUGCUCUACUUGUGGUGUUCAGUACGACGUUAGUGCAGGAUUGAAAUCAUGCAAGAUCUGUGACGAUCCACGUCAAUACGUACCUCCUACCGGCCAAUCGUGGACAUCACUGAGAAGCUUACACUCAUCGACGGAGAAUUAUCGGAACGUCUUCUCCGCUGACGAACAUAAUCCCAACUUAAUUACUAUACGUACUGUCCCAAAGCUGGCUAUCGGUCAAAGGGCUUUCCUUUGUCUAGGUGGCGCUACGUCUGGGAACGUUCUGUGGGAUUGCAUUACUUAUCUCGACGAUCAAACGGUUCAUCAUGUGAACUCACUAGGCGGAAUCCAGGCUAUUGUGAUUUCGCAUCCGCACUACUUCUCCACCAGUAUUCAAUGGGCCGAGGUCUUCAAUUGUGAUCUAUUUAUAUCUGCAGAGGAUGAGCAGUGGCUUGGAAACAGGGGUGACGGUUAUCGAUUGAAACUUUGGAAAGGAGACAAGCUCCCUCUCCCUUGUUCUCAGGGCCCCAGUGAAAUUCAACAUGGGUCAGAUCUAACGGUGAUCAAGACUGGAGGGCAUUUCCCCGGGAGUUCCGUUCUAUGGUGGAAGUCUACUAAAAAGUUAUUCAUUGCCGACACAAUUUUGAUUGUUCCGAGUGGACUUUACCAUGUUGAUCGCCUCCCCGGCACCGCUUCUUUUACAUUUAUGUGGUCCUUUCCAAAUUAUAUCCCCCUUCCCCCAGACGAGAUACAUAAUAUUUGGAAAGCCAUCAAAGACAUCGACUUUGAGGAUACCCAUGGUGCCUUCUUAGGACAAGAAAUUAGAGGCAACAGCAAAGAAAGGGUGCUCGAAAGCGCAAAAAUUGUGGUCAGGGCAUCUGGUCAUCUUCAGCAUCCAUUGCUGGAAGAGCUCUAG